UCGGUAGAUAAGAAGUUGCACCAAUUCCAUAAGCAUUCAAGCCAUUUUUAGUAAAACUAACAUACACUUCAAUGUCAGCAAGCUUUGCAAGCUCACAUAUAUGUCACCUACUCCGUGAUUAAGAAGCACAGCAACGUUUUGCCCUUUCUUCGCAUUUCUUGAUAAGUAUGUCAGCAAAAUUAAUAUUCUUAAUGCCUUUCAAACAAUGGAAGCCUAAUCCUACUAUGUCAAAUAGCAUUUUCAGCAUAAAUCAGCAUAAAAAAGGAUAAAUCAAGAAGCAUGGUUGUUUAAAUGAGAAUCACAUUGCCACUAUGUUGAUCUACGCUUUGAGCACAGCAAGCCGCCUUUUAGUGCUAUCGUUUCAAAAGGUAAGGUUAUUAUGAAGUUAGAUAGAUCGAUAUUUUUGAGGUUUUGAUAAAGUGUUGAAAUCAUGUCAUUUUCUAAAUCCAUUUCGCCGUGCAAUAGCACAGAAAAUGUCUUGGCACAUAAUGAAGACAAUUGGCAUUAUUUUCAGGCGAGGUCGAAGCAGUGCGAGCUCUAAAAUAUUAGCAAUUGCUUAAAAAAUAGAAACCAAUUGGCAAGCUGAAAAGGAUUGCUACAGUUUAUACGGAUAAAUUUAGCAGAGGUAUCUCGAUCAAAUAGGGACAAAAUUAGAAAAAAACCUGACUCAAGACAGAAAGACAGGGAAGGAAAAGAAGGGGCAAGUGAAACUCUUACUUUCUGCUUUGAUACCAGAGUCCAUGUAGCGGAGCCACACAGUGGGAAAUUUUAUAAUGCUACUCUAAAGAAUAGUGUAGGAGAUAAGCAGAAUGGAUGCGCACAUUGUGAUAAAAGCAUGAAAAUCUGCAAAACUACACAGUUUGAUCUGUCAAAUAAGUGCUCCGCUUAAAUAAACGCACCACUUUGAAGCCCAAAAAGUAAAUAAGCGGUAGGAUGGUAAAACGAAAAGGAGCAAGCAUGCCUCCCUGUAACACACCAGGAACGUUAUAUAAAUUAGUGGCUCUACGGGUGACUGAACAAUAUAUCGGUAGCUUUCAUUAAGGUUCAUGAUAGCAGACACCAUUUUAGCUGGGAAUUCAUAAGCCAGCAUUAUUAUUUUGAUCUUCCCCCUUCGUGCUGAUUCAAAUGCUUUUGAAAAAUCGACUAAAAGGAGUCCACAUUGGAGGUUAUUUGCUUUCGCAUUUUCUAACAUACGCCCAACUGUUUGUACUUGUCAAGGGGUGGAUCUGUUUUGCUUUGGCAAUCUUGUUUUCUACGUAACAGUCUUUCAAUUUUGGUUGUAAUCGGUUGAACAGGAGCGAAUUGUAGAUUUUGGCAAGAAAGUGUUGAACAGAAGCAGAAAGUGUUAUUAACCUAUGUUUUUUUGCUUGGCCUAGUUACAGUCAAUCCUAUCCUAGAGAAGAGCAAGAUGCAGUCUUUACUACAGCGCUCAAUAUCUUUACUUCACUCUAGAUUUUUAGCUUACAACUUUGCCUUGUUUAUACUUCUACGUUGAGUAGAUGCCACGUCGUUUUUACGUCAUUUAUUUAUGGCUUGCCAAGCUGUGACUGCUUGUUUCUUUACUCCUGCUUUGAAAAUCGUGAUGAUUUAUGACGGUAGAUUUGCCACUUCUUCUUUCGCGUUUAUAGGUCUCCUGUGAUUCGUCUCCUGUCCUUUGGUGUAUGUACCAGUGAUUGCAAAUAACGGGUUGGUAUUUUUCAUUAAAGCAGCCUGUUUGAGUUUGAAGGACGUUUUAAUUACAUUUUCAGUGUCCCACGGUACCCUGGGCUUGAUCUUUGCUCUGGUUGACAAAAAUUCUGCAGCAGCCUGUUUACAAGCUGUUUCAAAAUGGCAAUGCCUGUCGUAUGCAUUAUGUGCUGAAUUGUUCUCUUGUAAAGAUGUCGAUGAUCGGAACUAACGUUUUUCAUGAAAGUAGUUUUAACCUCACAACAGUCGAGUAUCCCAUUCUUCCAUUUUUCUUGAUAUGCAAAUAAUCAAGCUAGACUUUUCUACUAUUUAGAUGGGUUUAGACCAAGCGUUGUCUUAGAUUCUUGUGGAGUUUAGUAGAUAGAUAGAUUUUGGUGUAAAAGAGGAGACAAUUAUAGAUGUACUAGGAUUUCUAUUUAACGAUUAAAUAAUAACAUUUGAUCUUAAGCGAUCUCUGACCUUUAAAGCGCAACAAUAUAUCGAUACAACCAAUGAUUGCAUUAAUUCCGUUUAUCCAUAUAUACGAUAAGUCAAAACGGUAAACAAGGUACUUUGUUUUCAACUGUAUAAUUUUCUGAUAGGCAUAGAAAAAGUUCAUAACAUCAACAAAAGGUAGAAUUAAUUACAAAAAAUACAUUUGAUACUUGUAUAGGAAGUAUAUGAUUGUUUUUAAUAGGAAAAAGGACCAGUUAAAGUUUUAUCACUGCCUAGUCCAUCGUUGUGUUUCAAGUUAUGAACCAAAGGAGUUAUGGAAAACAAAUGAGAUAAGGAACAAAAGGAAUCCGGAAUUAGUGAAAGUAGAUCACUAUAGUGAAUUGAAAGAAGGAUUUUGUGCCAAGAACUGGAUAAAUUAGAAACUUGUGAACGCUUAGUAAAGUGAAUUGCAGGGUUCCAUACACCAUUGAUCGUUGAAAAUAGAGCAAAACCUCAAGGUGAAUAGGUUUUAAAGGCCAAUAAAAAUUAGAAGAAAGAAACAAAGCAGGAUAUUGCAGAUACUCGUGCAUCGAAGAUGACUACCUUUGAAUUUAAAGCUCUGAAAACAACAGGCAGGUGUACGAUAUAAACUAAAAGUAAUUCUAUCUCAUCAAAGGGCUUACAUUUACUCUCCUUGCGGCGAGAAAAUGUCCAGAAACUCGAAUAAUGUAUUACUUAAACAACGAAAUCUGGACAGAUCAAUUUAAGAUAAUUAAAGACAACAGCAGCGAUUGGACACCUGCAGAGAAUGUUGCAAAAUAUUUGGAGAUUUGUCGGCUCAAAGGUUUUGAAUUGAGGAAAACAGACAGUUUGCAACGUGAAAGUGGCAAGGACGAAAGAUAACGGGACAUGAACUGAAUUUGGUAUCUCUGUUUGCCCGGUUGGCGACUUUUCUAAUCAAACAGCAACCUACAAAUAAUCUCAUUUGCAAAUAUUGAAAGAAAAAAGACGAAGCAUUUCUUUUACGAUUCUGAUAUCUCUCAUUCAACCAGUAUUUCAAGCCCUUACGGUUGAUCUGAUAAUUCGAUUGGUUUCCUUGCGUUGGCAUUCAAGCUGGCAUUUGCGUAAGCAUGGACAAAUAAUGUCAUAAAUGGAUUUUCUCGCUAAUUAUUUAUUAAUUUCCAUUCAAUAGCCAAUAAUUAGAAAGAUAUUAGUAAACAAAAAGUAAAUGCAACAGAAGCAAAGCGAACGAAAGUCGCAAGGUAGGCACUUGCAGUAGGUCUCCCAAAGGCUCAAACAAGCAAUGUGAUGUAGGUGAAACAAGCCACGGUAAAACUGAAGAAUUCACACAAUGCUGAAUGGCACGGAAGUGCAAUAGUCGGUUGAUGACCAAAGCUAGAGUUGAUUUUUGCAAGGAGUUGAUCUACGAAAAGGCACAACAGAGGGUUUGGUGAAUUGAGCUUGACGAUUGUAUUUAAUCACUUCAAGCAGAAACGCGACAGAAAAUCAAAAUCCAACUGCGUUGAUGAAGAUACAACACUUCUAUUUGUCUUUUGAAUAUUAGGCCUUCAAGGGAAAUUAAGGCAUAGUAUCAUGUGAAUGAAUAAACCCUCGUAAUAAGAAUUCUAUCUGCACAUAGAGACAGUUCUUUAAAGUUUGAGAAUGAUGUCAAAUCAGAUCAAUGUAACCCUUGCAAAUACGUUUAAGAACGGAACAGGGACUGUCAAUGUGAUGCCUUUAGAGACACAGAACAUCAUUCCCUUCUAUGUGGUGUUUCUGAUCCUUGCCUUGAUGAUCAUCCUAUCCAACUCAACCAUAUUAACAGUAUAUUUCAAAACACGACCAUUGCAUACGAGCAAUAAUCAUUUACUUGUGAGCCUGGCAUUUACAGAUCUCUUUGCAGGGUUGUUCAAUAUUCCCCUAAUUUCUUCAUCGGCAUUAAUUGCAGCUGAAAAUAUCCGCGCGAUCGCACUCAACUUUACGGUAAAUGUCGUAUCGGACUUUGUCGUCACAGUAAACGAGUUGAACCUGUUCCUGAUAUUUCUCGAUCGAUACCUGGUCAUUUGCCACCCGCUAGGCAGUCGAAAGCUAAUAACGAGGAAGCGUAGAUUGCGAGGAAUUGUCGCAAUAUGGAUCACAUCGGCAGUUAUUGCUUUCCUUCCCCUGUUCUGGUGCUUCAAAGUGGUGUCAGGGCAGGAAUACAGCCUUAGAUACCAAAAGAUAAUGGUUGAGCUCAUAACCUACCACUCCAUUGCCGUUUCUGUCUGCUUCUUCAUCCUGCCAAGCCUUAUUAUGCUCUUCUUUCUUAUCUCAAUGAUUGGUUCUUUGAGAAAGCAGAAGCAGAAGAGAAAGGAGAGGCUCAAAAUCAGCAAGGACGACAGCAAAUUUCGCGCCUACCACAAAGCCUUCUGUAUGCUGUCUGCAAUGUACGUGCUAAUGCUUGUGGCUUGGUCUCCAUUGAUGGUUGUGAGGUUAUGCAUGGAUAUCAACGUGAAGCUGCAGAUUUCACCUAGGGCUCUAGACUGUCUCAUGCUUAUUCGUUUUGUCACCGCCCUAGUCAACCCGUUUAUCUACACAUUCAUCAAAAAAGAGUUUCGCAAAGCUUUCUUUAUGCAAUUUCGAUGCUUUUAAAAACUAUUAAAGCCUAUAUUAUGUUCUAUCCCGAUUACCGACUGUUUUGAGAUUUUAUGGUUGAAGAAGACAAUGUGCUUAUCGCGGCGAUGGGGUCAGAUUGGCCCUAUAAAGUAUAUUUAGCCGUACUUUAAGCAGUCUAGUUAUCCUGACGUACUUUGAUCAAUUUCUCUAGCGGUAGUAGCUACCCUACACAAUUUUUGUUUAUUGUAUCGCAUAUUAUACAUCAAUAGUUGAAUUUAGAUCUGAGGAGCUCUCUUUAAAAUAUUUCAAUAUUUGAACGACUAUUAAGCAUAAAACUGCAAAUGAGACAUGGUGAUUGUACCAAGCAUAAACAAAUAUAUUUCCUUAACUUUCUGCUAAAGUUUUAAGGUUCGCCAACAAUGGAGAAACAAUAGUUUAAGGAUAUCCAUAAUAGUUUAAGAGCGUUUAUGGAAUGAUCCAUUCUAUGCUAUUCUGCCAAACACCCCUAAUUUUCAUCUUCAUUAGUCACUUCCCGUUGAAACCUGGAUGACUUGAAAAUAAAACUAUGGGUAGCUUAAAGAUAAAGACGUUUAAAAUUUUCUUUCUAGAUAGAAGUUUGAAUAGUCAUUUAGAGACUUUUUGCUUCAUUUAAGGGAACCACGGUGUAUACGACUAUGAUAUAACGUUUAACUUGGUGCCAUGGGUUUUUGGAACAAACUGUUCGUACGUUAUCCGUGUCCAAUACUAUUGUCAUGUUUAUCAUAUAAAUAUAAUGGGGAAGAUUGUUAAUAACACUACUGAUGUACAAAGUUUGAAUAAUAAAGAUUCAAGUUGCUUCAAGGCUGGGUCUUUUUUAUCUUCUUUCAUUGCGCCUAGUAAUAUUGUAUGGAGGCUUGAAAAGGUAUGUGAAAUUAGUAGCUAACUUGGUGUGUAAGAAAGAAAUUAACAGAAAAGAUAUCGAUUGCUAAAGUUUUGAUUGAAAAAGAAAAAGGCGAAGAGUUACAUUAUGACGAUCAAAUAGAGAUCAAAAUGGUUAUGCAAAGACGGUAGACAAACCUUUGAAGCCAUGAAUUUUUCUAACUAUUUAGAUAAAUAGCUAUAAGUUACAUUACCUAUUUGGCUGCAAGGUUCCAUUUUUAAUAAAUUGUAGAUUUGUUUAGCACUUUAAAAACACAAAAUAUCAAACUUAAAUUUUGCUGAAAAUUUAGCAACUUCCAACAAAAAGCACAAAGCAAAGGGAAACUGAAGUGAAAAACAAAAACCAGCUAACAAGUAGUUUUCAUCGUGCUGAUUUCAAAUAUCGACACGAAAUUUCUGCUUUUCUUUUCGUUUUUCCGCAUUUACCACGCGAAGUGUGGAAUUUCUCCAUUUCCGUGGCGGAGAGGUCUGGAGACAAGUUUCAGGCACUGACGUAAUGUCGUGGACACGUGCCCCGAUCCCAACGAAAACAACAUUGUAGUCGAGUGAAUCGGAGGGAGGGAAUUCGGUUAGUACAUCCUAGAGGAUGAGGAUGAAUUAUCUCCCGCGACAUUCCGUGAAAUGUAGAAAUGAGGAAGUGAAUAUAAGGUACGUUGAUCCUUGUUUCUUUUCUUGCAAUGAAGGCAAGAAAUACUCAAACUCAGUUUCCUUAUUUCCUUAUAAAAAAUAAGCCGGCUAGGUACCGUACAUAUCAUAAUCUAUUCAUUUCUAAAAUCUAAAAUAAUAAGGAUUAUUACAUGUUACUAUUUAAUGAAAAUUUGCUUUGACUUAAAAACGUUUAUACAUAAUUUGAUGUGUAGCACGGAACAGGUCGACAUAAUCCACUUUUGGUUUAAAAACUGGUUUAUGUUGUGUACACGAACAGGUAUUAUUAAAUCUUACUGCAAUUCAGAUUAUUGGACUCAAAUAUUUAAUAUAUAAAGUGUCAAAUAUUUAAUAGAAUUGCCUAGAAUAUGCCUAAAAUAGAUUAAUACCUAAAAUUAUAUCCACUUUUCUAGGUAUUUACAAAGAGUGGCCGAUCAAUGGAUGGUUUGCUGGUUUGUGGGUAUUUGUGCUGGAAUGACUGGACAACUUUCAGCAUGCAUUUAUCACAAAUUUAAAGAAAAGAACUUUAGUCAAAAAAGACAAGGGUUUCAAAAUUCUGCAGAGAGACAAUGAAAAUGCAAAAAUCAGCUACCUACUACAUAUACAGUGGAAUACAGGGGUUGUAUACAGGAGUUAUUCAAAGGGAUCAGACUUUUAGUUCAUAACAGCAAGAAGAGAAAUUUUAUAAGUUAGAACUAGUGGGUCCAU